AUGCUGAUUCUUGGAAAUGUUGGUGUGGUAUUUGCCCUUAUUUUAGGGAAGAUUCUUCAGCUACUGUUUUUUGGGCAAUUAUACACACUUGAAACUGAGCGGAUAUAUGAAAGUGCUUGUCAUUUCAGACUUUGUUCAGCAAUUGCCUUCCUGGGUUUAGCAGAUGUUUACCUAAUUCGAUACUGGGUCAUGGCCUUUCAAUAUUCUUCAAAUUCAGAUCGCAAUUCCGUUACAGUUCCUACUUUUGCAUUCGAGUGCCUUUUACUACUUAACAGUAUUUUAACAACAACCGGGAAAUAUUUCUUGAACGUGGUGGAGGCUUAUUAUUUAAAAAAUCACGAAGAUGAAGACAUUUGGGAAUCUAAAACUUACUGGAGCUUUAUCUUAGAAGUAAUAUCGCUAUUCACACGUCUAUCAGCUUACUGUACAUUAUUUUUUCUUAUUUUACUACCUUAUCGCUUGUUACCUCUUCAUAUUAUUCGUGAUACCUACAUUACAGCAAAAUCCCUUAUAUCUACUGUUCAGAAGCAUAUCAAAGCAAGACGCGCAAAACGUCAGAUUGAGAAUGUCGUGCGUACUGUAACCCAAGAAGAACUAUCUAACGCUGAUGACGUUUGUAUUAUUUGUCGAGAAGACAUGAUCUUAGAAGAAGGGCAACAUUCUCGUACCAUUCCUAAAAAGCUUUUAUGUGGCCACAUCAUACAUUUUGGAUGCCUAAAAGGCUGGUUAGAACGAUCACUUCGUUGUCCAACAUGCCGAAGAUCGGUUAUGGAUGGUACUUUCCCCGAUCAACCUGGUGCGGCAAACAACAAUGCUGCUAAUGGCAAUAAUGAGAUUAAUCAAAAUAAUGGUAUAGGUUUCAACGCAAACUUUGGGGGUCAAAAUAAUGAAAUUCCUGGUUUAAACAAUCCUGCCAACCCUCAGCAUUUAAAUCAUAUCCAUCCUACACCAACAUUGAAUUUAAAUCAGCACACAUUCUCUACAUCAGCCACUGCAUCACCAUCAAAUUCCGAAAACUUAGCUUUUGUUUCGACACAAGUUUUUAACUUUCCUCAUCAAGCUGAAAUUCCAGAGGGAUUUCAAAUGCCUUAUGGUUGGAACGUAUUGGCAGCCCGUGAAACGCCUGAUGGUGAACUUCAAGUGCAAGUAACUAGUGAUUAUUGGGCUACAGUCAUGCCUUCCGAUCUGCCUCAUACAACCAACGAUAAUAUCGACUUGGCCAAGCACACCGAAAUUUUAAACCAAGAAUCAAGUCAAAAUAAGACUGAUAUUAACACUUCAUCAGCAUUUUCUGUUCCAGAUCAAUCUAAAAAAGGCAAAGAAAAACCUUCCUUUGAUGACAACAUACAACCUGAUUCUCACGAAGAAAAACCUAAUGAGACUAUACCUGAUACUAGUCUAUCGAGUCCGGAGUUAAAACCGGUGAACACAUCUAUGGAGACAUCAAACUUAUAG